CGAGGCUGCGGCUAAGCUGUGGCUCAUGGGCUGUCGAGGCUAUUUCAGGGGGCCUGAGUGGGCGUGGAACUUGUUCGAUAUCUUUUGUCUUCUGACCUCCCUGGUUGACUUCACAGUGACACAGGUCGUCAACGCGAUGGGAGAAGGCAAUACGUUGGACUUGGGCAGCUUGAUGCUUCUGAAGAUGCUGCGCUUGGCUCGUCUUGCACGCCUCAUACGAGCCUUGCGGUAUCCCAUCUUCCGAGAGCUGAACUUGAUGGUUAUGGGAGUGGUCUCUGGGAUCCGGGUGCUCGUUUGGGCGAUCGUCCUUUUGCUGGUGUUUGUCUACGCCCUGGGUGUCGCCCUCUUCCGGCUGAUCGCAGAAGAUCCGGAGCUGCCAGAGUUUGGGACGCUGACCGAAUCGAUGCUCACCUUGUUCCGUUGCUUUACAGACGGCUGCACUGCCUAUGACGGAACCCCCCUCCAGGAGCGGAUGAUGCGGAAGUACCCACAGUCCUUCUUCGUAGGCUACAUCUUGGUGUUCAUGCUGGUCACAGUGGGUAUCUUUAAUCUCAUUAUGGCGAUUUUUAUCGACAAUGUCAUGACCAAUCAGCUGGAGCGAAAGCAGAGGUGGGGCAGGGAGGCCACCGCUAGAUGGUAGGUUGGAGGCCAUCAUGGCUCUCAGGUCGCAGGCCAUCGCUAUUAGGGGUUUGAAGGGCGAGCUCAUCGAUUGCCUAGAGCGCAUCUCAGCAUUAGCAGUGUCAAGAACCUGACCGUGGUUCCCAAUUAUUGCUUGGCCAAGGGGAUUGUAGUUGCUUGGUCCUCGAUAAGCU